UUGCUGAUUUUUAAAUUAAUUUUUAGGGAAAUAGGGGAUCAGUGGCAUUUGGCAAUUCAAGAAGCAAUUUUAGAAAAAUGCAGUGAUAAUGAUGGCAUCGUUCACAUUGCAGUAGACAAAAAUUCACAUGAGGGUUGUGUGUAUGUUAAAUGUUUGUCUCCAGAAUAUGCUGGAAAGGCUUUUAAGGCAUUACAUGGCUCUUGGUUUGAUGGGAAAUUGGUUACAGUAAAAUAUUUACGACUAGAUAGAUACCAUCAUCGUUUUCCCCAAGCUCUUACUUGCAACACUCCCUUGAAGCCAUCACAUAAACAUAUGAACUCUAGGUCUCAUCUUUGGCUUCGGACUGGCCUAGCCAAUUCUCAAGGAAGUUCCUGAAAAGACGUUCUUCACUCCUAGAACAAUAGGAAAAUUCCAGUUUGGCUUCCUGUCUUCCUUUCUAAAUGCUUUUUGUAUGUAAUAUUUUUAUUGCUGAAUACAGCUCUGUUUGAAAGUUCCAGAAAUCUUAAGGUUCCAAAGGGAUUUAACAGUGAGGCAGCAAUACUAAGUAGGUAGAAUAAUUAUUUCAUUCAGUUUUUGAAGCUCAGUUAAGCCAAUGCAUUUAAAGUUUUGCAUGAGGAUCCUUGACUUUAUACACAUUUUCAGAUGUAGUGGUUAUAUUUUUGCACCAAGAAGUGCUUGGAUAACCACACAAAAGCAUGGUGAAGAGACUUCCUGUAUUUCCAUAAUU